AUGUUGGGCUUGAAACACCGACUCGAGGCGCUGCCUCAGGAGCUGUAUGACAUGAUCCACGACCACACCUUCACCAUACUGCCUACUUACCAGCUCAUUGCCGCUACCUACAAACCGCCAUCAAUCCUACAAGUCAAUAGAUCCAUUCGUACCGGGCUCUUACCGACCUACUACUCCACCACGACAUUCGAGUUCAUCAGCCCGGGGAUCUACGAAAAGUGGUGGAGCAGACAAGAGUCGCAAGUGUCGGAUCUAUUCGCUAACCACCGUCCUGACUCCAUCAACGGCACUCUCUGCCGGAUCGAUACCACGGACGUCGAAGAGCUCAGCUCGGGAGUCAACAUUCUCCUCGACCAGAUGUUUCGCCAGUGGUUUGACAUGCCGUUCAUUAUGCCGGAAGUCGAGUUCGUCGACGAGAUGCGGGUACGGCUUGACUUGCAGCAGUUGUGGCACUUGAAGGCAUACAGGCUGUAUUGCCUUGGUCAACGGCAUGGGGACACGGGAACACUCCAGCGUCCAAGCCGCAGUCGCUAUUGGCGGUUUAAAUUGACCCGCUGCUGGAAGAAGAUGGCCAAUGUGCUGAGAGGCAAAAAGGUGUAA